AUGCCUCCUAACACAACUGUAGGAACUGACCCCUGCAUGGCCUCCCCCGUUGUGGGCGAUCCUCAAGCCAAAGACGGUGGGAACGCACCCAGUGUGCGGGUACCAGGACCUCCACAGCAAAGGCCAACACCGGACCAGCUACGAGUCAUGGUGGCGGGCGAGAGUGGGCUAGGCAAGACUACUUUCCUGAACAAUAUUUUUCGGCAUCUCAAUCGAGGCGAAAAUCCUAUGGACCAAGCUGCCACCGUGGUCCAGGCGGCAGGCAGAGGCGUUUUCGGCAACGGCAAGACGCUCCGCAUCGAAGAACGCGAGUUUGAUUACAAAACCGAACGAGGACAAGACUACAAGUUCUUCUUGGUGGACACCCCUGGGUACGGCGACCAUGUGAAUGUCAGCCAAAGCUUCCAACCGGUGGUGAAUUACGUCAUGAACGGGAACAAGAGUUACCUGGAGGAAGUGAUGAAGGGCAACGAGACACCGGAGAAGGACGGCAGGACGGACGUCUGCAUAUACUUCAUUGCUGCUCAUCGAUGCAAGCCCAUCGACAUCGAGUACAUGAAGCAGCUCUCCAAGGCUGUGGCCGUAAUCCCCGUGAUCGGUAAAUCCGACAGCAUGACGGUGGACGAGAUGAAAGAAUUCAAGACGGCCAUCGUCGACCUUGCUGCUCAAGAUGAUCAGCUCAAGUUUUUUCAGUUCUCGGAGACGUCAUGGAAUGAAUGCAAGGGAGCCCUAGGACCCACUGACCCACCCAACUGGCUGGGAGAAAGGCAGCCGCCCCCUUACGCCGUGAUCUCGAGCAAGGUGGACGAGUCCCACCGGGGUAUCCGUAGCCCCGCACGUAGGUACCCGUGGGGCACCUGCCACGUCAUGGAAACGGCGCACAGCGACAACACCUACCUGCAAUGUCUUUUGCUGGAGGUGGGGUUCCAGGACAUGAAGAAGGAGAUGAAGACGCGCUACAAAGCUUUCGUUAAAGAGCAGACAAGGCCUACAACGGAGGUUACCGUCGACGCUAUCAAGCGCCUUCCUCGCUGGGUUGCUCACAAGGUUCAGGGUCGCGGUCGCAAGUCCGUUCUGGUCCUGAUAAGUGCGGUGGUCUGCGCCUUGGUCGCGGUGGUGCUGGCGCACCUUCGUUGCGGGGUCAACGGUACCCCCCCGAUCGAGGGGGGAGGCAUGUACAACCCUCCCGAGAGCCUGGCCAACUGGGCCAAAGUCAUCGAAAAAAUUCAGAAGCUCGAAGGAUGGGACCGCAUCUUGGCGGCGGCAGACUCUGGCGAGGAGCACCUGGCCAUCCUCAUCGAUGUGCUCAUGGAGUACUACAAGAAUACAGAGCUGCGCAACAAGGCACAGGAAAAGCACCCGAGGCAUGCCUAG